UGUGUCUGAGUGUAUCAGUGUGAGGGAGAGAGCGAGAGAGAAGUUGUGUCUGAGUGUAUCAGUGUGAGGGAGAGAGCGAGAGAGGAGUUGUGUCUGAGUGUAUCAGUGUGAGGGAGAGAGCGAGAGAGGAGUUGUGUCUGAGUGUAUCAGUGUGUCCCACAGCAGCAGGACUCUGAGGCUGAAGCAGAGCAGCAGGUUCUAUCAUCUAUCAGGCAACAGUCUGCAGGUUACGACAUGGAUCUAGAGGAGUUUGACAACGUGACUCUGAGGUACAACAUGACCAACUGUCCGUCUGUCGAUGAGUUCCGUAACCAGGUGUACUCUACUGUGUACUCUAUCAUCACGGUGUUCGGCCUGGCCGGUAACGGUUUCGCUCUGCUGGUUCUGGUCAAAACGUUCCGGCAGCGUUCUGCGUUCCACAUCUACAUGUUGAACUUGGCCGUGUCCGACCUGCUGUGCGUCUCUACGCUCCCACUACGGGUCCUCUACUACGUUAAUAAGGGUCAGUGGAACCUGGGAGACUUCCUGUGCAGGGUUUCAUCCUAUGCCCUCUACGUGAACCUCUACUGCAGCGUGUUCUUCAUGACCGCCAUGUCCGUCACGCGCUUCCUCGCCAUCGUGUUCCCCGUGCAGAACCUGCGCCUGGUCUCAGAGCGCCGCGCCCGUCUGGUGUGUGUCUGUAUCUGGGUGUUCAUCUGCACUGUCUCCUCCCCCUUCCUCAUGACUGGUCAACACGUCCACCCAGCCACCAAUAAGACCAAGUGCUUCGAGCCUCCAGAGCGCAGCACAAGGGGCGGGCUUAACAAGCUCAUCAUGCUCAACUACUUCUCAUUGGCCGUGGGCUUCGUGCUUCCCUUCCUGGUCAUCCUGCUGUGCUACGCCGGGAUCAUCCGGGCCCUGCUGUCACGGCAACACACUGCGCAGCGCCAGAAGGGGGCGGGGUCUAAGGCCAUCCGAAUGAUCGUCAUAGUGAUGCUGGCGUUCCUGCUGUGCUUCAUGCCAUACCACAUCCAGCGCUCCGUCCACCUCAGCUUCCUGUCCCAGACCUCCACUUCCUGUUCGGAGCUGGUGUACAUGCAGAAGAGUGUGGUGGUGACGCUCUGUCUGGCUGCCUCCAACUCCUGCUUCGACCCGCUGCUCUACUUCUUCUCUGGAGAGGGCUUCAGACGACGCCUAUCAAGCUUCAGGUCCACUAUCAGGAGACAACCGCAGAGACAGGGGGUACAGCCACCGCUGGGGAGGGGAACAAAGAGAGAGAGAGAACCGGCCCUACCCAGCACAGCUGAGACAGGGGGCAUAUCCACCGCUGGGGAGGGGAACAAAGAGAGAGAGAGAACCGGCCCUACCCAGCACAGCUGAGACAGGGGGCAUAUCCACCACUGGGGAGGGGAACAAGCUGUAGGGAGGAGAGAGAAAGACAGUGGAAGCUUUCUCAAGGGACAGUCUAUAUAGGGGAGAUAUACUAUAGGGAGGAGAGAGGAAGACAGUGGAAGCUUUCUCAAGGGACAGUCUAUAUAGGGGAGAUAC